CGUGGGGCUGAUCUGUAAAACACUUCCCAGAAUUCCUUGCUAUCCACGCGCGAUCUUCUACAGAAACUAUAACUCCCAGAGGUCUAUGCGCGUUCCCAGGGGCGGGGCAAUUGGCACCGACUCCCUCUAAGAGAUGGCAGAACCUGCUGGAUCUCGGCGACGCUCGCUGUACAAACAGGUGGGCUCGGCGUCCUGGAAAGAGGCUUUCAGGCAGGGAUGCCUGGAGAGAAUGAGAAACAGCCGGGACAGGCUCCUGAACAGUUACCGCCAGAUUGGGAGCAGUAUGCCAGGGAGAGGUCAGAAUGCCCUUCUAGUGCAAGAGGUGAUGGAAGAAGAAUGGAAGUCUUUGCAGUCAAGCGAGUACUGUCCAGAGGCUUUGGCUCAGUUGAGCUUGCCAAUGGACUUGGCUGUGCUAGAGGAAAUCCAGCAGGAGCUGAUUGAUCAAGAACAGUCCAUUAUCAGCGAGUAUGAGAAGAGCUUGCAGUUUGAUGAACAGUAUCUCAGCAUCAUGCUGGCUGAGUGGGAAGCGAAGCCCCUCAUUUGUCCUGUUUGUACAAAGUACAACCUGAGAAUAACAAAUGGUGUGGUUGUGUGUCAAUGUGGCCUGUACAUCCCAUCUCAUUCUCCAGAAUUGUCAGAACAGAAGCUUCGUACCUAUUUAGAAGAUAGUGUAAAUGACCACAGUACACAUUGUCCCCAUACCCCUGAAUUUUCAGUCACUGAUGGAACAGAAGAAAAGCCCAGUCUUCUCAUGUACUGUCUGGUAAGCUUCCCAUGGGACCCAGUGGUAAGAGCAGAUCAGCAGUUUCUUUUAUUCCCAUUUUGGUGGAAAUAAUCUUUAGAGACAGGUAAAUGUUUAAUGGUUUAUUUUUUGAAGCAUUUACUUCAUAGAAAGUGAAGUUAACUUCACCUAAAAGAUCAGUCAUUCAUUUUCAUUUGCUGAAAAGCAAAGAGGCAGCCUAGGAUCAUGGUGUCCAGCUGCACUGUCUGCUCGUUAGAUCUGCUUCAGUGGUCUUGGACUCCUCAGAUCAGGUCAUGGUCAUAAAACCCAGGUAGCCAUCCUGGCACCACCUCUGCAAAUGGAUAUGGGACAGGAAGCACAGCACAGCAGCAUAAGGCUAGUCUCUCAACAAGAAUCUUCAUAGAGGUACAAGGUCAGAUUCUAGGUCCCUAAGUAGUAACUCAUGUGUGAAGGACAGGACUCUAAGUAGGUAUGGGUGUCAUUUGUCUUGAAACCUUAAGCUUCUUAUAAGAACUAGUGUCUCUUACAGUAAUCAAUGUAAUGAAGUAGUCAUCACUAUGACAUGUUAUAGCUUCUAGGCCUCCCGGCAAGGGGAACUUCGGGAUUAGUGAACACUACAGCAUGCCAGAUACUCAGUAAAACCUAACCCUUCACAUAAAACUGGCCAGUCUUUUAUGGGAUCCCAACUGUACCUGAUACCAUGAGCCCUCUUAAUGCUGCUGCACGUGGUGAGCCACUCUGAAUGACCAUGCCUUCCAGUCCUGAAGCAUGAGGCUCUGACCAAUCACAAGGCAUGGCUCCAGGUGUAGGGGUCACCUGCUACCUGCAGGGAUUGAGCUAUUCCUUUGUAAUCCUACCCCUUACCUCAUUUGCAUGGCUUUUUCACAAUAAAAAAGGGUUCAGAACUUUGCUCCUCUCUCUUUCCAUGGACCCCUAAGGUCAGAGGAGCCAUCACAGGACCCAAAGAAAAAGGUAUUUCUGUCUCUGUGAUUAUUUCAUUUUGCACAGCCCAGUUCACCUAGAGUGUGUAGUUGUGAAAUGUGAGGGCUACAGUUACCUGUUGAUAUGUCUUUUGUCCUUUAGGGCAAGGAUCAUACCUUUAUUUUACUCCCAAUGCCUAGCAUCUAAAUAGGUGCUUAAUCUUUAUAUAAAUGGAGGAAGAAGAGCUGAAGAGGCACGGGUCAGAUGGCCUCAACUUUUGCCUUCUUAGGAUAAUGAACUAGUGAGUCACCUGCACAGAUGAUUGUAGUAGCUCCUGGAGUGUGAAAGUCUCAGGCCAAAUGCUAGAGAGAUAAGAAUGACAGUUAAGAGGGAACCAGCCAGGACAGUGGCAUGUCCCUAGAAUUCCAGCUACUCAGCACGCUAAGGCAAGAUCCUUGAGCCUAGGAGUUCAAGACCAACCUGGGCCACUUAUUGAGACUCUUUUGUCUCCAAAAAACAAAAAAAGCAAAAAGAUUGCCUAAUUACUGAAUAUACAUCUGUGCCUCUCCCUGGAUUUGUAGAUCUAGUGAGAUCAGGCUGUAGGGCCAUUUAGCAUAGAUGGGGAUGAGGUAGAAGUAAAUAGGUGUGGGUAGAAAAGAUGGUGGUCUAUGACAAGGGCUUGGACUGAGAUAUGAAAAUGUGAAACUGGCCAGGGGAUGGAAUGUUCCAAGCUAUCUGUUAGGGUUAUAGCAUCUUUCAGAAAAAGCCAAAUAUAUUCUCGAUGGAGUCAAGUAAAGGACAGAUGUGAUUCCUUAGCGUAGUGGUGGGGCCAAGCCAGCGAGGAAUGUUCACUGAUCAUAUUAUGGGAUAUCGAGGGAAGGCUUGUGGGAUUACGAUUGAAUUUAUGCUAACUUGUUUUGUUUAA